CCCCUCCCCUCCGCCGCGCGUCGCUCUGCCUCUCGGUUUAUUUUUCAAACGCUGUAGCCGCCAGAGGUGCGGGGCUAAAUCUCGGAAGGGGCCCGGAUGUACUGAGGAUGCAUUACAACCUCACUAACGGAGGCAGUAGUGGGAAGGAGCAGUUUUUGGUGUUUGAUGCAAUAAUGGGAAUCAGGUAAUCGUCUGAAGAGAAGAAGAAACACUGCAGACCCACGGCUUCCUCGAAUUUUGCACGAAAGCCGCCGACCUCGGAGGACGGAUUAAUCCAGACCCGCUUGGGCGUGUUUUGCAUUUCUGCCUCUUCGUGGCUGCUUCUCCUUUUUAAGCAAUUCUUGGUCAAUGGUCAAUGAAAAUACGAGGAUGUACAUUCCAGAGGAAAAUCACCAAGGGUCCAACUAUGGGAGCCCACGCCCCGCUCAUGCCAACAUGAAUGCCAACGCCGCCGCCGGACUGGCCCCCGAGCACAUCCCCACCCCGGGGGCGGCCCUGUCGUGGCAGGCGGCCAUCGACGCAGCCCGGCAGGCCAAGCUGAUGGGCAGUGCUGGCAACGCCACCAUCUCCACAAUCAGCUCCACGCAGCGGAAGCGGCAGCAGUACGGGAAGCCCAAGAAGCAGGGCAGCACGACUGCCACACGCCCGCCCCGGGCCCUGCUCUGCCUGACCCUGAAGAACCCCAUCCGGAGGGCAUGCAUCAGCAUCGUGGAGUGGAAAUAUCCUUUACCAUUUGAAAUAAUUAUUUUACUGACUAUUUUUGCCAAUUGUGUGGCCUUAGCGAUCUAUAUUCCCUUUCCAGAAGAUGAUUCCAACGCCACCAAUUCCAACCUGGAACGAGUGGAAUAUCUCUUUCUCAUAAUUUUUACUGUGGAAGCAUUUUUAAAAGUAAUAGCCUAUGGACUUCUCUUUCACCCCAACGCUUACCUCCGCAAUGGUUGGAAUUUACUAGAUUUUAUAAUUGUGGUUGUAGGGCUUUUUAGUGCAAUUUUGGAGCAAGCAACCAAGGCAGACGGGGCGAAUGCUCUAGGAGGGAAAGGGGCUGGAUUCGAUGUGAAGGCGCUGAGGGCUUUCCGAGUGCUGCGCCCCUUGAGGCUGGUGUCCGGAGUGCCAAGUCUGCAGGUGGUUCUGAACUCCAUCAUCAAGGCCAUGGUCCCCCUGCUGCACAUCGCCCUGCUCGUGCUCUUCGUCAUCAUCAUCUACGCCAUCAUCGGCCUGGAGCUUUUCAUGGGCAAGAUGCACAAGACAUGCUACAACCAGGAGGGCAUCACAGAUGUCCCAGCAGAAGACGAUCCUUCCCCCUGUGCACUGGAGACCGGCCACGGGCGGCAGUGCCAGAACGGCACGGUGUGCAAGCCCGGCUGGGACGGACCCAAGCACGGCAUCACCAACUUCGACAACUUUGCCUUCGCCAUGCUGACGGUGUUCCAGUGCAUCACCAUGGAGGGCUGGACGGACGUGCUGUACUGGGUCAAUGAUGCCGUAGGAAGGGACUGGCCCUGGAUCUAUUUUGUUACACUAAUCAUCAUAGGGUCAUUUUUUGUACUUAACUUGGUUCUCGGUGUUCUUAGCGGAGAGUUUUCCAAAGAGAGGGAGAAGGCCAAGGCUCGGGGAGAUUUCCAGAAGCUGCGGGAGAAGCAGCAGCUGGAAGAGGAUCUCAAAGGCUACCUGGAUUGGAUCACGCAGGCAGAAGACAUCGACCCCGAGAACGAGGACGAAGGCAUGGACGAGGAGAAACCGCGAAACAUGAGCAUGCCCACCAGCGAGACCGAGUCCGUCAACACCGAAAACGUGGCCGGAGGCGACAUCGAGGGCGAGAACUGCGGGGCCAGGCUGGCCCACCGGAUCUCCAAAUCGAAGUUCAGCCGGUACUGGCGCCGAUGGAAUCGGUUCUGCCGAAGAAAGUGCCGCGCGGCAGUCAAGUCCAACGUCUUCUACUGGCUGGUGAUUUUCCUGGUCUUCCUGAACACGCUCACCAUUGCCUCCGAGCACUACAACCAGCCCCACUGGCUGACGGAAGUCCAAGACACAGCCAACAAGGCCUUGCUGGCCCUGUUCACCGCAGAGAUGCUGCUGAAGAUGUACAGCCUGGGCCUGCAGGCCUACUUCGUGUCGCUCUUCAACCGCUUCGACUGCUUCAUCGUGUGCGGGGGCAUCCUGGAGACCAUCCUGGUGGAGACCAAGGUCAUGUCUCCCUUGGGCAUCUCCGUGCUGAGAUGCGUCCGGCUGCUGAGGAUAUUUAAGAUCACAAGGUACUGGAACUCCUUGAGCAACCUGGUGGCGUCCUUGCUCAACUCCGUGCGCUCCAUUGCCUCCCUGCUCCUUCUCCUCUUCCUCUUCAUCAUCAUCUUCUCCCUCCUGGGGAUGCAGCUCUUUGGAGGGAAGUUCAACUUUGAUGAGAUGCAGACCCGCAGAAGCACAUUUGACAACUUCCCUCAGUCCCUCCUCACUGUGUUUCAGAUCCUGACCGGGGAGGACUGGAAUUCGGUGAUGUAUGAUGGGAUCAUGGCUUAUGGCGGCCCCUCUUUUCCAGGGAUGUUAGUCUGUAUUUACUUCAUCAUCCUCUUCAUCUGUGGAAAUUAUAUCCUACUGAACGUGUUCUUGGCCAUUGCUGUGGACAACCUGGCUGAUGCUGAGAGCCUCACAUCUGCCCAAAAGGAAGAGGAAGAAGAGAAGGAGAGGAAGAAGCUGGCCAGGACUGCCAGCCCAGAGAAGAAACUAGAGGUGAUGGAGCAGCCGGCGGUAGAGGAAGCCAAGGAGGAGAAGAUUGAGCUGAAAUCCAUCACGGCUGACGGAGAGUCUCCGCCUGCCACAAAGAUCAACAUGGAUGAGCUCCAGCCCAGUGAAAAUGAGGAGAAGAGCCCCUACCCCAACCCAGAAACUGCAGAAGAGGAUGAGGAGGAGCCAGAGAUGCCUGUCGGCCCCCGCCCACGACCACUGUCUGAGCUGCACCUCAAGGAGAAGGCGGUCCCCAUGCCAGAAGCCAGUGCCUUCUUCGUCUUCAGCCCCAGCAACAGGUUCCGCCUCCAGUGUCACCGCAUCGUCAAUGACACGAUAUUCACCAACCUGAUCCUCUUCUUCAUCCUGCUCAGCAGCAUCUCCCUGGCGGCCGAGGACCCUGUCCAGCAUGCCUCCUUCAGGAACCACAUUCUGUUUUAUUUUGAUAUUGUUUUUACCACCAUUUUCACCAUUGAAAUCGCUCUGAAGAUGACUGCUUACGGGGCUUUCCUGCACAAGGGCUCUUUCUGCCGGAACUACUUCAACAUCCUGGACCUGCUGGUGGUCAGCGUGUCCCUCAUCUCCUUUGGCAUACAGUCCAGCGCCAUCAAUGUCGUGAAGAUCCUGCGGGUUCUGCGGGUGCUCAGGCCCCUGAGGGCCAUCAACAGGGCCAAGGGGCUAAAGCACGUGGUUCAGUGCGUGUUUGUCGCCAUCCGGACCAUCGGGAACAUCGUGAUUGUCACCACACUGCUGCAGUUCAUGUUCGCCUGCAUCGGGGUCCAGCUCUUCAAGGGAAAGCUCUACACCUGCUCGGACAGCUCCAAGCAGACCGAGGCGGAAUGCAAGGGCAACUAUAUCACGUACAAGGACGGGGAGGUUGACCACCCCAUCAUCCAGCCCCGCAGCUGGGAGAACAGCAAGUUCGACUUCGACAAUGUCCUGGCAGCCAUGAUGGCCCUCUUCACGGUCUCGACCUUCGAGGGGUGGCCAGAGCUGCUCUACCGCUCCAUCGACUCCCACACGGAAGACAAGGGCCCCAUCUACAACUACCGCGUGGAGAUCUCCAUCUUCUUCAUCAUCUACAUCAUCAUCAUCGCCUUCUUCAUGAUGAACAUCUUCGUUGGUUUCGUCAUCGUCACCUUCCAGGAGCAGGGCGAGCAGGAGUACAAGAACUGCGAGCUGGACAAGAACCAGCGGCAGUGCGUGGAGUACGCCCUCAAGGCCCGGCCCCUGCGAAGGUACAUCCCCAAGAACCAGCACCAGUACAAAGUGUGGUACGUGGUCAACUCCACCUACUUUGAGUACCUGAUGUUCGUCCUCAUCCUGCUCAACACCAUCUGCCUGGCCAUGCAGCACUACGGCCAGAGCUGCCUGUUCAAAAUCGCCAUGAACAUCCUCAACAUGCUUUUCACCGGCCUCUUCACCGUGGAAAUGAUCCUGAAGCUCAUUGCCUUCAAACCCAAGGGUUACUUUAGUGAUCCCUGGAAUGUUUUUGACUUCCUCAUCGUAAUUGGCAGCAUAAUUGACGUCAUUCUCAGUGAGACUAAUCACUAUUUCUGUGAUGCAUGGAAUACAUUUGACGCCUUGAUUGUUGUGGGUAGCAUUGUUGAUAUAGCAAUCACCGAGGUAAACCCAGCUGAACAUACCCAAUGCUCUCCCUCUAUGAACGCAGAGGAGAACUCCCGCAUCUCCAUCACCUUCUUUCGCCUCUUCCGGGUCAUGCGCCUGGUGAAGCUGCUGAGCCGCGGGGAGGGCAUCCGGACCCUGCUGUGGACCUUCAUCAAGUCCUUCCAGGCCCUGCCCUACGUGGCCCUGCUGAUCGUGAUGCUGUUCUUCAUCUACGCCGUGAUCGGGAUGCAGGUGUUUGGAAAAAUUGCCCUGAAUGACACCACAGAGAUCAACCGGAACAACAACUUUCAGACCUUCCCCCAGGCUGUGCUGCUCCUCUUCAGGUGUGCCACCGGGGAGGCCUGGCAGGACAUCAUGCUGGCCUGCAUGCCAGGCAAGAAAUGUGCCCCAGAGUCCGAGUCCAGCAACAGCACAGAAGGCGAAGCCCCCUGCGGCAGCAGCUUUGCUGUCUUCUACUUCAUCAGCUUCUACAUGCUCUGUGCCUUCCUGAUCAUCAACCUCUUUGUAGCUGUCAUCAUGGACAACUUUGACUACCUGACAAGGGACUGGUCAAUCCUUGGUCCCCACCACCUGGAUGAAUUUAAAAGAAUCUGGGCAGAGUAUGACCCUGAAGCCAAGGGUCGUAUCAAACACCUAGAUGUGGUGACCCUGCUCCGGCGGAUUCAGCCCCCACUGGGCUUUGGGAAGCUGUGCCCUCACCGCGUGGCUUGCAAACGCCUGGUAUCCAUGAACAUGCCUCUGAACAGCGAUGGGACAGUCAUGUUCAAUGCCACCCUGUUUGCCCUGGUCAGGACAGCCCUGAGGAUCAAAACAGAAGGGAACCUGGAGCAAGCCAACGAGGAGCUGCGGGCCAUCAUCAAGAAGAUCUGGAAGCGGACCAGCAUGAAGCUGCUGGACCAGGUGGUGCCCCCUGCAGGUGAUGAUGAGGUCACCGUUGGCAAGUUCUAUGCCACUUUCCUGAUCCAGGAGUACUUCCGGAAAUUCAAGAAGCGCAAAGAGCAGGGCCUUGUGGGCAAGCCCUCCCAGAGGAACGCCCUGUCCCUGCAGGCUGGCUUGCGCACGCUGCACGACAUUGGGCCCGAGAUCCGCCGGGCCAUCUCUGGAGAUCUGACCGCUGAGGAAGAGCUGGACAAGGCCAUGAAAGAGGCUGUGUCCGCUGCUUCUGAAGACGACAUCUUCAGGAGGGCCGGUGGCCUGUUUGGCAACCACGUCAGCUACUACCAAAGCGACGGCCGGGGCGCCUUCCCUCAGACCUUCACCACCCAGCGCCCGCUGCACAUCAACAAGGCGGGCAACAGCCAAGGCGACACCGAGUCGCCCUCCCACGAGAAACUGGUAGACUCCACCUUCACCCCCAGCAGCUACUCGUCCACUGGCUCCAACGCCAACAUCAACAACGCCAACAACACCGCCCUGGGCCGCCUCCCCCGCCCUGCCGGCCACCCCAGCACCAUCAGCACCGUGGAGGGCCACGGCCCCCCUUUGUCCCCUGCUGUCCGGGUGCAGGAGGCGGCGUGGAAGCUCAGCUCCAAGAGGUGCCACUCCCGGGAGAGCCAGAUAGCCAUGGUGUGCCCGGAGGACGUGUCUCCCGACAAGACCUGUGAAGUGAUGAUGGGCGAAGACCUCGAGCCCUGCGGGGAGCCCAGCCUGCUCUGCACAGAGAUGCUUUCCUACCAGGAUGAUGAAAAUCGACAGUUGACGCCCCCAGAGGACAAGAGGGACAUCCGGCAAUCCCCGAAGAGGGGCUUCCUUCGCUCUGCCUCACUAGGUCGAAGGGCCUCCUUCCACCUGGAAUGUCUGAAACGACAGAAGAACCAAGGGGGAGACAUCUCUCAGAAGACAGUCCUGCCACUACAUCUGGUUCAUCAUCAGGCGUUGGCAGUAGCUGGCCUGAGCCCCCUCCUCCAGAGAAGCCAUUCCCCCACCUCAGUCCCCAGGCCGUUCGCCACGCCCCCUGCCACUCCAGGCAGCCGUGGCUGGCCCCCAAAGCCCAUCCCCACGCUGCGACUGGAGGGGGCUGAGUCCAGCGAGAAGCUCAACAGCAGCUUCCCGUCCAUCCCCUGUGGCUCCUGGGCUGAGGGGGCCACCCCCGGUGGUGGGGGCAGCAGUGCCGCCCGGAGGGCCCGGCCCGUCUCCCUCACAGUGCCCAGCCCAGCGGGGGCACCGGGCAGGCAGUUCCACGGCAGUGCCAGCAGUCUGGUGGAAGCGGUCCUGAUUUCAGAAGGACUGGGGCAGUUUGCGCAAGACCCCAAGUUCAUCGAGGUCACGACCCAGGAGCUGGCGGAUGCCUGCGACAUGACGAUAGAGGAGAUGGAGAGCGCCGCCGACAACAUCCUCAGUGGGGGCGCCGGGCAGAGCCCCAACGGCACCCUCUUACCUUUUGUGAACUGCAGGGACCCGGGGCAGGACCGAGCAGGCGGCGAAGAGGACGCGGGCUGUGCGUGCGCGCCGGGGCGCGGGCCGGGCGAGGAGGACCUCCGCGACAGCAGGGUCUACGUCAGCGGCCUGUAGUCGCCGGCGCUGGGGAGAUGCUGGGUUUUUUAUUUGUUUCAAUGUUCCUAAUGGGUUCGUUUCAGAAGUGCCUCACUGUUCUCGUGACCUGGAGUUAACCGGAACAGCGUCUUCAUUCAUUUCUGUCGGGACAAGACGCAGAGUUGGGUGGUGUGGAGAGUGCGCACGCGGAGGCGGCGGGGACACCCGCCCUCUGCUCCCCCCGCAGGCCCUGCCAGGAGCCCGCGUCGCCGCUGGGCCGAGAACCUCAGCUUCCCGCAGCAGCCCUCACCAAAAGGACCCUCUAUCCAACGGGUGUCUUUCAACUUUGCUUGUAAAAAAAAAUCAUUUGCGCAUAUUCUGUAUGAGCCUCACUGUCUCCAUAGAGCCGGGGCCUUGUGGAUUUGGAGAGGGGAGCGGGCAGGACGUCCAGCGAGGACCCCAGCCCACCCCAGAGAGGGAGGAGGAAGCGGCCGAGGCGGAGGCCCGGGGGCCCGUGCACUUCACCCCGCACGCCGCCCGCACGGUGGCGGCAGCCCGGCCACCUCCGCCCCGCUGCGGCAGGAUCGCUUCACCGACUCACGCUCCAGACCAGCCGCCGGGCAGCGGGCAGCUGAGGACGGAGCUGGCGCUGCCCACCAGGGAAGGGCCCCCAGCUCUCGACAGACGACAGACAGGUGGUGCUGAGCUUCUGUGGAGCGCUCUCUGGUUUGGUUUGACACUUUUCUUGACAGCAUGUUGCGGUAUAAUUUUUUUGUGUGGUUUUGGGUUUUUUUUAAUUUUGUUUUCCCACGGGGAGGGGAGGAAGAAGAGUGUUUACAAAGUCCUGUAGCCACCCAACCUUACUGUUUUCACUUUCCCAAAUGCCAAGUCAGGUUUGGUUUUAUUGUAUUAUUUAAACGGUUGCGGUUUCCUUUUUCCAUGGAGGGGUCAAUAGGAGCCACUAUAGGAGAGUUUUACCAACCAUUGUGUAUGCCCAAUAAUUUGUUAUAAUUUCCUUAGGUAGUAGCUGUUUUCUUCUGGUUUGGUUUGGUUUUUUAAUUUAAAGGUUCGACAAUGCACUUGCUACGGUCUUGCACACAUGGGUGGUUGGGCUCGGUUCCUUCUUAUGCUGGGUGUACAGGUGGGUGCAGGAGAGAGGGCGUGAGUGAGUCUCUGCGAGCACGUGUGGAUGCCAGUGGGUGGUCCCUGCAUAUGUCCUACCGUGUGUACGGCCCCCACACUGUGUGCCUGUGCACGCCAACGAGUAUGCCGUCCCACUUUCUGCUUUAACUGCGGGGAGAUCUGAAUCUGGGGCCAUUUGAAAGCAAAAACAAACCACUGUCUCUGCUUCUGAAACGGGAAUCAGUAACUCUUUGCAUUUUCUGUCCCACAAGAUAUGCAAAAACAAUGCAAUAAUAUUCACUUUAAAAAUACAAUUGUGAGUUGUGUUGGCAUUAAAACUGUAUUUAAGAAAACACAGAAAUUUAAGGGAAAAACUCAAGAAAGCAUUUUGCUUCAAUAUAUUCCGUGUAAUGUUUUAUUGCAUUGAUAAUGUUUCUGUUGAAGAAACCGUUAUACUUGAAUUCAGGUCAGUUUCAGUAUUUUUCAAAUAUUUUUUUAAAACUGAAUUGCAAUUGUGCCAAGCGAAUAUAACGAAUUGAAUUAA